ACUCCUAUCGUUUCUGCGAGGCGAGCUACGGAUGUUUCCGGAAGAGCUGUACUAAGAGCUUGCGCACGUGUGGCCCAAGGACUUGCCAGCGCUAAACGUGACUGUCGUUUAAAGGCGAUAAAGUGUGUAUGCGGAAGGGCACUUUAAAACUUUAAUUGUCAACCUUUAGCUGUUUCCCUUUGCAUUAGUGAAAUUUUGAUGAGCGUUUAAAUUAUGCAUGUUCCGGUAAUGAGAUUUGCCGCGAUUCCGUUUGGCUGCACGAUUAAUAGAAGCGACCCUUAAGUGAGCUCCAUGGGACCAGUACACCACAGACUUGCUCUUCGGCAGCUGUUCCCGGGACAGCUUUUACUGGAACAGGGAACCGCGCUACCUGUACCUGUACGACUCACGCCGAGUCUCGGUUCCCAAUUUCUCUCAGCACCAUCGAGCUCAGGAAUGGAGGAGACGGUGUGGGAGCAGUACACUGUGACGCUACAGAGGGACGCAAAGAUGGGGUUUGGAAUCGCUGUGUCGGGGGGGCGAGACAACCCCAACGUAGACAACGGAGAGACGUCGAUCAUCGUGUCAGACGUGCUCCCGGGAGGCCCGGCCGACGGACUGCUCUUUGAAAAUGACCGGGUUGUGCUGGUCAAUGCCAUCCCCAUGGACAACGUGCCUCACUCCUUUGCCGUUCAGCAGCUGAGGAAAUGUGGAAAAGUAGCGAAGAUUACCGUGAAGAGGCCGCGGAAGGUCGUGGUCCAGUCCCUGAAGCGGUCGGUGUCGCAGGACGAGGAGGAGCAGGUGACCAGCGAGUACGACGACUACGACCGGCGGAGCGCUCACAGCGGCAGUCACCACGGCGACCCCGGCUGGAACGGGGGGCUGGGCUACCCCCGGGAGCGCGACCGCAGCCUGGAGAAGAGCGGCUACCUGAACCCGCGCGACCGCGACCGCGACUACGACCGCGACCACGACCGCGACUACGAGCGGGACCGUGACUACGGGCGCGCCCGGGGCAGGAGCCGGGACCGGGACCUCAGCCCCGAGGAGGACUACCCGCGGCGGGAUGGCAGCAGGGGCCGGGCCCUGGACCGCCAGCCCAGCCCCGAGCGCCGUUACCGCGGCGACAGCAGCCGGGGGCGAAGCCCCGCCCGCGACCUCAGCCCCGCCCGCGGCAGCUACGGCCGGGAGCCCAGCUACGAGCGCCGCAAAUACGAGCACCGGCCCGAACCACGCCCAGAACCGCGCCCCGACCCCCGCCUCGACGACAGGGGGACCAGGAGCCACAGCAGGGACCGUCUGCAGGACCGCUCGCCCUCCCCCGACCGCCGCACACGCGACCGCGACAUCGACCACGAGCCGCUGGAGAAGCCCGUCAACGUCCUGCUGGUGAAGAACAGGCCCAACGAAGAGUACGGUCUUCGCCUGGGCAGCCAGAUCUUCAUCAAAGAGAUGACGAGCACGGGCCUGGCUGCCAAGGACGGGAACCUGCAGGAAGGAGACAUCAUCCUGAAGAUUAACGGCACGGUGACGGAGAACCUGUCCCUGAGCGACGCGGGGAAGCUGAUCGAGAAGUCCCGCGGGAAGCUGCAGUUGGUGGUGCAGCGGGACCGCCGGCAGAUCCUGAUCCGCAUCCCGCCGCUCGCCGACAGCGACUCGGAGCCGGAAGACCUUUCAGAGAUCGAGUCGUACCACUCGUACUCCCCUCCCGAGGAUCGGCGGUCACACCACUCCGAUCUCUCCUCGCACUCGUCCAAUGAGAGGAUACGGGACAAGCCCAGGGAUGGCCCUGCAAGCGGGUUGGCCAAGUUGGUUGCCGUGCCGCCCACCUUCAGAGCCCCUGACGACCACCACUCAGGCCAGAAUGAGAGGGAGGAGCCACGUGCAGAGGAGCCACCAGCUGCCGUUAACGCCACCCCGAAAAUCCUCCUGCGUCCCAGCCCAGAGGACGAGGAGAUAUACGGGCCCAGCACGGUGAUGGUGAGCUUCCAGAAGGGCGAGAGCGUGGGCCUACGGCUGGCCGGGGGGAACGACGUGGGCAUCUUCAUCGCCGGCGUGCAGGACGGCAGCCCGGCCGAGGAGGAGGGCCUGUGCACCGGGGACCAGAUCAUGAAGGUGAACAACGUGGACUUCCGGGGCAUUGUGCGAGAGGAGGCAGUCCUGUUCCUGCUGGAGAUCCCUAAAGGAGAUGAGGUCACUAUACUGGCACAGAGCAAGUCUGAUGUGUACAAGGACAUCCUGACGUCAGGCCGGGGCGACUCGUUCUUCAUGCGGACCCACUUUGAGUACGACAAGGAGACGCCCCAGAGCCUGGCCUUCUCCCGGGGGGAGAUCUUCAAGGUGGUGGACACCCUGUACGACGGCAAGCUGGGGAACUGGCUGGCCGUACGCGUGGGGAAGGACAACCAGCUCCUGGAGAAGGGCAUCAUCCCCAACAAGAGCAGGGCGGAUCAGAUGGCCAACGUGCAGAACUCGCACAAGGGCGCGGGGACGGACCGGGCGGAUUUCUGGCGGCUGCGGGGGCAGAGAGCGGCGAAGAAGAAGGACCUGAGGAAGGACCUGAGCGCGGCCCCCGUCAGCACGCGCUUCCCCGCCUACGAGAGGGUGGUGCUGCGAGAGGCUGGCUUCAGGAGGCCUGUGGUUCUGUUCGGACCCAUCGCAGACGCAGCCAAUGAGAAGCUGGCUGCAGAUCUCCCUGAGGAGUUUGUGAUUGCCAAGACGGAGCCUAAAGAUGCCGGGUCAGAGAAGUCCUCGGGCGUGGUCAGGCUCAACACCAUCAGGCAGAUAAUCGAGCAGGACAAGCACGCGCUUUUGGACGUGACGCCCAAGGCUGUGGACACGCUGAACUACACGCAGUGGUACCCCAUCGUCAUCUUCUUCAGCCCUGACAGCAAGCAGGGUGUGAAGGCCAUGAGGCAGAGGGUGCUGCCCGGGUCCAACCGCAGCGCCCGCAAGCUGUAUGACCAGGCGCUCAAACUGAGGAAGAGCUGCUCGCACCUCUUCACUGCGAGUAUUGAGCUGAACUCGGCGAACGACGCGUGGUACGGCAGUGUGAAGGAGCUCAUCAGGGAGCAGCAGGCCCAGGCUGUCUGGGUGUCAGAGGGAAAGCUGGGCUCGACUGAGGCCGACCUCGACCUCCACGACGAUCGCAUGUCCUACCUGUCGGCCAUGAGCGCUGACUACCUGAGCAUGGACAGCCGGCUCGCCAGCGACUACGACGACACGGCGGACGAGGGCGGGGCCUGCACCGACAACGAGCUGGAGGAGACCGGCGAGGAGCCCCACGUGUCCGCCAUCAGCCGGUCCUCCGAGCCCGUCCUGGCCGAGGAGAUUUUGAGAAGGCCCAGCCCAGACCACAGGGCGAGAAUCAGGAACGUGGGGAGCAGGGACGGGCCCCCUGAACCCAGCCCGCCCCCCUCUUUCGUCCCUGACCCUCCCAAGGUGAAGGUGGCGUCCCGGGAUGAGGCGUUUCGGGCCGGAGCGCAAUACGACCACAGCAGAGGCUACGACUCUCACUCCAGCAGUCCCACCAGCAGCUCCCACCCCCGCAGCCAGGACUCCUACGGCAGCAAGCCCCCGCCUCCCCCCGUCGCCCUCAAACCCAGCUACGCGUCCCGCCCCAGGCCCGCCUCUGAGACGCCCCCGCCGGAGCAGAGCCUGCCCCCCGAGCCCAGCCCCGACGACCCCUCACAGAGGUCCUUCCUGGGAAAGGUCAAGGCUUUCGAGAGGAUGGACUAUUUUGCCCGAGCACAGAGGAUGCUGGAACUGCAGGAGGCCCAAAAUGCCAGGAUGGAGAUUGCUCAGAAGCAUCCAGACAUUUAUGCCGUACCUGUGAAACUACAAAAGCCUGACCUCAACCGACCACAGCCAAUAGGGUCCAGCUCGAGGCCGGAGCCCCAGACCCCGCCCUCCAAGAUGGCGUACUCGGAGAACCGGCCGUACUACCACAGCGAGGAAGAGGAGGAGAACUACCGGCGGCAACUGAUGGACCAGACCAAGAGGGGCUACUACACCAGCCCGCAGAAAUACCAAGACACUGAGCUGUAGGGGGAGAGCUGCCCCCAUCACCACCAUUCCGCAGGGCCCAGCUCCUGCACCUGCCUAUCUGCUGCUGACCUGGAAGCCUUCCUCUUGGCUCUCUCGCUUGUUUCGCUUCAAACAAGUUCCAACUUAUCUGUCCUUAUGGAUGGGAUCUUAGUCAGUGUUUCUUUCUUUGUCUUCUGUCUGUCUGUCUGUCUGUCUGUCUCUCUAUCUGUUUUUAAUCAGGAACCACUGUUUUUCUUGCCUAUGCAAAUAUAUUUCAGUUUCUCGAGAGCGACUGAAACCUCUGUUGCCACGUGUCCCCCUUUGUCUUAUUCUGAUCCCUCAGAUUUUCUGUGCGUCCAAAAUCUUUUUGUUCCCUCUUUGUUACGUUCUUUUUCUUAUAAAUAAAGAGAACUUAAAUAGCUAGCAAGCAAUCUCAAGAACUAUUUUGAAAGGUCACUUGUAGUUACACAUUGUGUUUAUAAUUAUUAUUGUUGUUAUUAUUAUUAUUAUUAUUAUUAUUAUUUUCUUUGCAUUCCUGCCUUUGUGAACAGUAUACUGUAAAAUACACUGGAAAUUUGUUACAUUUUUUGAAGUGCCUUUUUUCUUUAUGAACAACACUGAUAUGUGACACACGGAGGGCUUGUGCACACUGCGUUAUGGAGCCCACAAGCUUAAAGGACUGCCGGGAACAGACGUCACCAAAACCUUAAAAAUGCCGCACCUACCUGUCCUUACCACCUGCGGUCUGUCCGUACGGGUGUUCUCGCCCACUAGCCACGGUUGCUAAGCGGGCGUGGCCGCGAGGCGUGAGACCGGUGUGGUUGAUCCUGUGUUCUCGUUCUCGUCGCCAUCUUUUUAUUCGCUUCCACAUAUUCUGAAUGUUUAUAACGUGUGCGGGAUUGUACAUUUUUGUCUCUUUUCUUUUUCUUUUCUUUUUUUUUUUUUUACUGUUGUAUGUAUGGAUUGAAACGGCUUAAACACGUUUUUGUUUUUAACGCCACGGCUUCCACUUGGUUGUGGAGAUCACAGCGAGAGCCGGGACUCCGGACUCCCCACAGGCUCCAUCCUGUGGCUGAAUGACAGUGGAUCCCCUGGAGUUUUCACUUUACAGCACCAAAUACAAAUAAAGUAUCUUUAAUGUA